GGCCCCGCCCCGACGCCCGCGCGCAUGUGCAGUCUUCUGCAGACCCGGAAGCGGAUUGCGCGGAACAAUGGGCCCUAUGAAUAACCUAAGCUGAAAAUCCCAGAGGAAGAAGACAGACAGAGGAAGGAAUGGCUCUUUGCCAGGGACAGUUGACAUUCAAGGACGUGGCCGUAGAGUUCUCUCAGGAGGAGUGGGAAAGCCUGGACCCCGCUCAGAGGGCCUUGUACAGGGACGUGAUGCUGGAGAACUGCAGGAACCUGCUCUCCCUGGGUGAGGAGAACUUCCCUCCCGAAAUUGGAAGCCAUUCUGCUGGAUUUCUUAUAAAAGAAUUAUCACCAAGUGAGGACGUUAAUAAAGGAGAAUUAGACCAUCUAGUGACAUUGGAAAGAAAUGAAAGCCAUAGCGUUAAGGAUUUUGACCUUGAGGAAAUCGUGGAAGACAUAUGUGAGCGUAAGAACGAUUGGGGAUAUGAUGUGAGAAAUUACAAAGGAGCGCCUUUGACUCAUAACAAAAAUCUUACUCAUAGAGUAGAUCGAAAACAUAAUAAAUCCUUGAUUAACUUUCCUCAAAAGCAGAGUAUUUCUGUAAGAAAUAAUACAUACCAAUAUUUCAUGCAUGACAAGACGUUUAUAAGGAAUAUGUUAAAACUGAAAAAUAACGUAAGUGAUGCUGGAAACAAGUAUAUGAAGUGUUUGGAAAACAGAACUGGAUUAAGUUGGCAGGCACACCUGGCUGAACUGCAGAGUUUUCAAACUGAGGAGAAAAUUUAUGAAUGCAGUCAAGUUGAGAAGUCCAUCAACAAUGGUUCCUCAGUUUCACCAUUUCAAAGAAUUCCUCCUAGUGUCAGAAGCAUUUGUAAUAAAUAUAGGAAGAUUUUAAAAUAUUCUGUGUUACCUGCACAAUAUGGAAGAACAAAUACUAGAGAAAAGUCUUACAAAUGUAGUGAGUGUGGGAAGGCUUUUAGUAAAAGCUCAAACCUCACAAAUCAUGAAAGAAUUCAUUCUGGACAGAGACCUUACAAAUGUAAUGAGUGUGGCAAAGCUUUCAAUCAGUGCUCAAACUUUAAUAGACAUCAGAGAGUGCAUACAGGAGAGAAACCAUAUAAAUGUAAGGUAUGUGGCAAGGUGUGUAGUCAAAAUUCAAACCUUGCAAGUCAUCAGAGAAUGCAUACUGGAGAGAAACCUUACAAAUGCAGUGAAUGUAGCAAAGCUUUUAACCAGUCUUCAAAACUUAUUCAACAUCAGAGAAUUCAUACUGGUGAGAAACCUUACAAGUGCGAUGCAUGUAGCAAAGCCUUUGCUGAGCGUUCAAGCCUUACUCAGCAUAGGAGAAUCCAUACUGGAGAGAAACCUUACAUAUGUAUUGAGUGUGGCAAAGCUUUCAAGCAGUGCUCACACCUCACUAGACAUCAGAAUAUACAUCCUGGAGAGAAACCACACAAAUGUAAUGUGUGUGGUAAGGCUUUUUUCCAAAGCUCAAGCCUUAUGGAACAUCAGAGAAUUCAUACAGGAGAAAAACGUUACAAAUGUAAUAAAUGUGAUAAGGCUUUUAUCAAACAUUCACACCUUUGGUGUCAUGAGAGAACUCAUACUGGAGAGAAACCUUACAAAUGUAAUGAGUGUGGCAAAGCCUUUACAGCACGUUCAAAUCUUACUCAACACAAGAAAAUCCAUACUGGAGAGAAACCUUACAAAUGCAGUGAGUGUGGCAAAGCCUUUAAUCAGUGCUCAAACCUUACUAGACAUCAGAGGGUCCAUACAGGAGAGAAACCAUAUAAAUGUGACGUAUGUGGCAAGGUUUGUAGUCAAAAUUCAAACCUUACAAGUCAUCAGAGAAUGCAUACUGGAGAGAAACUGUACAAAUGUAAUGAGUGUGGCAAGGCCUUUACAGAGCAUUCAAAUCUUACUCAACAUAAGAAAAUCCAUACUGGAGAGAAACCUUACAAAUGUAAUGAAUGUGGCAAGGCCUUUACGGAGCGUUCAAAUCUUACUCAACAUAAGAAAAUCCAUACUGGAGAGAAACCUUACAAAUGCAAUGAGUGUGGCAAAGCUUUUAUUCAAUUUGCAAAUCUUACAAGGCAUGAGAAAAUACAUACUAAAAAGAAACAUUAUAAACCUAAUAUAUGUGGCACUGCUUUUAUUCAGAGGUUAAGCUUUGGGGAUCAUCAGAGAAUUCAUAGCAGAAGGAAACCUUACAAAUAUAAUGAUUGAGACAAAACUUAUGCAAGUGUUCAAGCCUUACUCAACGUCAGAGACUCCAUCCUGGAGAGAAACCAUAUAAAAGUAAUGGAUGUGGGAAAGCCAGUACCCAGGGCUCUCACCUCACUUGAUAUCAGACUAUACAUCUUUGAGAGAACCCACACAAAUGUAACAUAUGGUAAGGUGUACCCAAAGUUUAAGCUUUGUGGAACAUAAUUCUUACUAGAGAGAAACCUUACAAAUGUAAUGAGUAUGAUCAGCUUUAUCAAAAAUGUACGAGUUUGUGGUCAUGAAGGAAUUCAUAUAAGAUGGAAACCGUACAAAGGUAUCAAGGUCUUUAAGCAAUGACCCCAUGAUACACCUAAGAAUUCAGACAGAAAUAUUCGGACGGAAAUAUUACCAACAUAAGGAAAGUGAUGAAUUGUUUAACCAAUUCUCUCAGUGGACUGCACAUAAGAAAAUUCAUGCUAGAGACAACUGAGUCUGUUACUUUUGAAGAUUAACCAACCUCAGAUGUUAAAUUCCACAGACAAUUAAAAGUUAAAAUUAUUUAAAACUCUUGUGUCCAUGGAGCAAGGACAUCUGUGGAAAGGUCUGAUUACCUUUAGUUUAUAAAAUAUUUUCAGUUUUUUGAGGUUUCUUGAAAGGCUACAUUAUUAUUGAUGACUUACAACCUUAAGUUUGAAACCUGUUGAUGUUAUACUUUCAUACAUGCUUUUCAUUUCUCACCAUGAUGGUCUCAGGGAAGGGAUCAGUAAGAUGAAAGGAGCUCCUUCAUUAGAUGGUAUUUAUUCAUAUCCAUGGAACCUGGAAAAACUAGGACACUAAUUUUAAGUACAACAUGGUGUAAAUUUGAGAGCAUGGAGAGUGGCAGAGAAUAUGUGUAAAACUGUUAUCUAAAUUAUCAUGCUUUCUCUGGUCACAGCCCCUUCUCUAGAUUUGUUGGUAUGACAGUGGGCCUCUGUUGAUGAUUGUAGGAAAGUGUGGCUCUACCAGAUGAUCAUGAAACAGAGAAGGCCAAGACAUUGAAAAUGACAUUUCCAUGUGAAUAGAAUGACGGUUUACUAAGGAUGGCAUAUAUAGUAGAAAGAAUGGAGGAGGAAUGGUGGUCUCCUCUUUUUAAACUUAAUUCUUGUGUAUCAUAAAUGAAUGAAAAUUAGUCUUAUUUUUGGAAACUGAACAGAGUUACAGAGGACGGUUUAAUCAAAAGAGCCAUAGUAUAGUAGAAAGUGCUUUUGAAGGAUGCAAAUUUGGCCACUGAAAGUGCAUUUUGAUACCAUUUUAUUUAGAAUGUAUCAUAGUUCUCAUGUCUCAAUAAGUAAAAGUGUAAACUUUUUUUGGUAACCUUGAAUGAAUCGUGUGCCUUCUAUUAACCGAGGCAUAUUACACUUCAUUGGAGCACUUCAUAAUGAACACUAAUGAUACAUCAUUUGGCUUUCUGGGUUGAAUGGGAUCUAUAGCAAUUACUUUCCUCUGUAGAUUAAAAAAACUUUCAAUUUUGGAAAUAUAUAGUCCUAAUUUGCAUUUGAGUUAUUCGCUCCAUACUGUAUCCCAGAUUAUUUCUGUCACUGUGAUGAUAAAACUAUAGUAGUAAUUUCAGACUCUCCCUCCCUAAAACCUGCCUCCCCCUUCAUGAAUAUGUACCAUAUGAUUAUAUUUCUACAUGUCUUUUUUGUUCUGAAAUAAGAACCAUGGAUUACACCUUUACAUGAAUUAAAAUUAAAAAUAAAAACAUAGUAAAGAUAUGAAAAAUAUUAGGAAAUAAAAUUCAGAAAUAAGGAUAAGAAUAAUGUAAUCUUUUUUGUGCUUGGAGUAUUUAGGGAAAUAAUUUGAAAAGAUCAGUGUUCAUGACUUUCUUCUUAAGAAUGAAAAUACACAAUGGAUUUUUUUGUGAUAGAUAAAUUAGAAAUUUCAUAUGUUCACCCUUCAACACGUUUUUUGUUAGUUUGCACUUGGGCUUACUCUACUGGAACAGGACGGAACCCCACUCGAGUUUAGUUUGGAUGUCAAGACUGAUGACUCCAUAAACUAAAGUGUUUGAGAAUGUUUUUUUUACAUAGUAAGGCUUUCUUAGGAGAGCAGGGUAGACUUCACAUGUUCCAAAAAUGGCUAGACAGAGCAGGGAAUGGUGACCGACUUGUGUUAUGGCAGAUACCACGGGGCUGGGGUGAUGGUACUCAUGUGU